GAGGAGGAGGGGGAGGAGCUAGCCGCAGAUGUUGACGCUUUAGGACUUACAAGCUAAAGUUAUUCACACAAUUCUGGCGCGCGGCACACGAGCUGCUGCUUGCUCCGUUGAAGAAGAAGAAGAAGAAGAAGAGAGAGAGUGAGACAGACAGACACAGACACAGACACAGCGCCACCAAGAUUAUCGCAGUGGAAAAUUACCCCUCGGAUUCAACAAUGGCUCUUUAAAACGCCCAUACGUCUCAGCCUUCCAGUGACACCCUCGCCUCCCUUUCUCUCCUCCUUCAUUAUAUUUCCAUUCCAAUAUAUAAUUGUUGUGUUCUUUCACCUCGUCUCAGUUUCUGUUGCUUCUAGAAACUAGUCUGUCUUACUCACCUCCCUGUCGCCUCAUCUGAGUUUCGGCUGAAGGCUGUUUAACUCCUUACGAUGGUUGCUGAGGUAAACUCUGCGUCUCAGGACAGCGGUGUGCGGCUGAAGCAGGAGAUUUCCCUCCUCCAAGGGGUUUGUCUGAUCGUGGGAAAUAUGAUAGGCUCCGGUAUCUUCGUCUCACCUAAGGGGGUUCUCAUGUACACAGGCUCAUUUGGCCUUUCCCUGGUAGUGUGGGCCGUUGGGGGGAUAUUUUCCGUGUUUGGAGCGUUGUGCUAUGCUGAGCUGGGUACUACCAUCCGUAAAUCGGGAGCCUCCUAUGCCUACAUCCUGGAGGCCUUUGGAGGUUUCUUGGCUUUUAUACGACUGUGGACGUCCUUGUUGAUAGUUGAGCCAGCUUCUCAGGCAGUGAUCGCUCUGACCUUCUCCAACUACCUGGUCCAGCCCUUCUACCCCAGCUGUCCAGCCCCCUAUGUUGCCGUCCGCCUCCUCGCUGCUUUCAUCAUAUGUCUGCUGACUUAUGUGAACUGUAUGAAAGUGAAAUGGGGUGCUAUUCUUCAGGUCAUCUCCACCGUAGCGAAGGUUCUAGCUCUCAUUGUCAUCAUCAUUACUGGCCUGGUUAAGCUUGGACAAGGUGUAAUGAGCAGCCUGCACAGGCCUGCUGGUGGUGCAUUAUGGGACUUGCAGUCUUUUAGGCAAAGGUCAAGUUUUGACCAGAACUUUGAGGACUCCUUCAAAGGCUCCAAACUGAACCCUGGGGACAUGGCCCUGGCCUUCUAUUCAGCUCUCUAUUCCUACUCUGGCUGGGACACACUGAACUUCAUCACAGAGGAGAUCAAAAACCCAGAGAGGAAUCUGCCCUUGGCCAUCGGCAUUUCCAUGCCCAUUGUCACUGUGAUCUACAUCUUGACCAACAUCGCUUACUAUGUCGUCAUGGAUGCAGACGAAGUGCUCACCAGUGACGCUGUCGCUGUGACAUUUGCAGACGAGGCGCUGGGCUGGGCUCGAUGGCUAAUCCCUCUGUCUGUGGCCAUAUCCUGCUACGGAGGCCUCAACUCUUCCAUUAUCGCUGCCUCCAGGUUGUUUUUUGUUGGUUCCAGAGAAGGCCACCUACCCAAUGUGCUGUGCAUGAUCCACAUUCAGCGUUUCACCCCAAUCCCUGCCCUGCUUUUCAAUGGUGGCAUGUCUCUGAUCUACCUGUCUGUGCCGGACGUUUUCCAGUUAAUCAACUACUUUAGUUUCAACUACUGGUUGUUCAUCGGCUUGUCAAUAGCCAGCCAGAUCUACCUGCGCAUCAAAGCUCCUGAUCUGCACCGGCCUGUUAAGCUCUCUUUGUUCUUCCCAAUUGUCUACUGCUUGUGCAGCAUAUUCCUGGUUGUGGUUCCCCUCUACAGCGACACCAUCAACUCUUUGGUGGGCAUUUCUGUGGCGUUGUCUGGUGUACCAGUCUACUACAUGUGCAUCCACUUGCCAGCUAGCUCUCGACCAAUCUUCUUUGGGAAAAUGCUCGAUCAGAUCUCUCUGUACACCCAGAAACUGUUCCUGUGUUGUGGGACAUCGCCUGAUAUCGACCUGGACAAUUUAGACCCAGAGAAGAUCGAAUGAUGAAGCAACAAAACCCUUGUGUGAAAUGCUGUAUGGAGGGAUGGAAGAGGAAGAAUGUACACAGGAGGUUGAGAGCUGCAGACAAUUAGGAUUUAGAUGAGUAUAGGAUGAAGAAACUGAAGAGGUGAGCUCAACACACCUCUUCCUUUCUUUCUCUCUCAUGCACAAUAUAUAUAUAUAUAUAAAUGCUGAGUUUACUCUGCAUGAUUAUACAUUAUGCUCAGUAUAACCCUCCAAACAGCACUCAGAUUAACUCGGUGAAACUUGAGCACAUUCUCAUGCUGUUACACAAUGCAGUGUUGGCUGUGUAAUUCUCUCCACUCGUGUGUCUCUACAACUGCAGCUCACACGCACACAUUAGCUGACAGAAAGCUUUAGGGUGGCACUGCAAUAAAUGUAAAGUAACAACCUGAUCUACAAGGAAUUGUCUCUGCAAACAUGCUCCAGGUUAAUUUUUCACAAACAAAUAUAGCAGACACAUUUUAAACAUGUUUAUUCCUUACAUGUGUUGCAUCACAUCUCGUGUUAACGGAUUGAGUUGCUGUCGCUCAUUUGAAUGUGUGAAAGAUGAGCAUGGAUGGUUCAAACCUUGUGACCCUGUUUGAAAUGGCACUCAUGGCCCCUUAUCACAGGUUACAAAUGAUGGCCAAUCCAACCAUUUUAGAUUCCUUAAGAUCAUAGAAAGACGCUGGGAUUCACAAGCAGAAACCAGUGACUAUGAAAAGUAAGACAAAGAAACAUUUUCCAAGUCUGCUUACACAGGAGACCCCUCAUGAUGGGUAAUAAUAAUGAUGCAUCUUGCAGCCCAAUGAGGUGCAAGACUUGAAGACCCUCCAACUGCUUAUGUGUACAUGUUUUGAUUGGCCAAUUACCUGUCUGGUGUGGAUGCAAACCAGUGUCUAGUACAUAAAUGUGUUAGUUAAUUUUUUUGUUUGAGUUUUAAACAUCACCCUAAUCGUGUGGCAGCCAGACGAUGUCCAAAAACGUUGUUCUUGGGAUUUUUGACCGACCUGUUUUUACUACCUUGAUUAUAGAAACGCUUUAUACUAAUCUACAUCUGUACUGGAUGACCAAAUGGACAGAUCUGUAAUAAUUAGCUUGGUGAGACAAGAUUAUUUCCAAAAGUACUGUUAUUUUUUUGCUAACUUUUUAUGUGUUCAUUGACUGAUAUAUCUAUAUAUGAUGUAUCCGUCUGUGCAUCCUAUUUCUGUUCCUCUAUAAACCUUUGAAUGCAGGUCUAUAUUUGAGUCCUAGUGGGAGCUAAUAUUUACUUCCAGAGACGAACUAUGAGAUUUUUCCAUGUGUCACUCAGGAGGCCAUGUACAAUUUCCAUGUUUUUGUUUAUGCCUUUUUUGUCACCUUGUUCUCUCUUCAAACACAAACCGGUGAAAGUAAUGCUACAAAAAGCUAAGGGAUAUGAACAAAAUGUACAUUCCUAUGUUGUGAUGGUUUCCGGCUGAAGCAAACAUACCUGCCAGACUCUGGUUAAUGUUUGUCUUCAGGAUGUGGUCUUCUCAAACAAACGGAAGCCCAUGUGCACACAUUGUAGCCUUCUCUUUUGACCCACUCUUGUCUGAAGAGUUGGUAACACAAAUAGUAUAUUUAAUGUAACGCUGCCUUGUGAAUAUAUUCCCAACUUGGGCCAUUUAGUCACCGUGCAUAGCCAAAGGUCUUACACAUGCUGAUUGAUAGUUGGACCAUUUUUCUGCUCAGUGCUGUGAGCACGUAGCAAAGUGUCUCUGCUUUCUAGUGAGAACAUUACAGCUCUAGUCAGUUGAACUACAGGUAGAAAUAAGUCAAACUUUGAUGUUUUGUGCUGUUGUCCUGAUGACAUUGAUGUGCCUUCUGUGAGUGUGAUGUGCCAACGGCCCCGUCUAUUUUGAUGAGCACUUCAGAACACCAGCCAGAUAUCGGUUUAAUGUUGCUGAGUGUGCGUGUGCGAAUUUCUCAUACAAUCAGAAGUCACAGGACUUGAAUGUUGCAGUAUUUUUUUUUUUUUAUGCGUUUUUAAUACUGAAUCUGUGUGUUCUGGUUUGGUCGGGUUUGUCAAAGUUGUGAUCUGUGUAUUUGUAAAAUUGUGUCUUAAGUGCUCUCUUUGAUUGUUUUUAUUUAUUAUGUGUUGACAAACCAAAAAGCAAGACAUGCUUUUCAGUGGAGAAAGUCUUGUUUGCCCAGACUGAUGCAUAAAGGUGCUGUGUUUUAUUUGAAUAAAGACGAGUUCAAAAUGUG